AGUUGUCAUGCAGCCAGACUCAAAUUAUAUACCUGUCAUAGACUGCUUAAACGUAGAUGAUACAAUGCAGUUGUCAUUAAGUAUAGCUGAUGAAGAGAAUGAGGAAUCAAAUCAUGUUGGAGAUCCACUGGAAAAUUCUGAAAUGCUCAAAUUCAGUGACAUAGCUUCUGAAAGACAUACUACUUCGAGUCACUCGGAUGAAACAUCAACUUCGGAGAAGGAUAUUCUCGAGAAAAAUUCAAGUAAUGAAUUACAGAAGCCUAUACUUGAAAAAGCAUCUGAAAAUCAAUCUGUGGACAACAUUGAUAUUAUAGAGCCAGUUCGUCAUUCUACUGAAGAAAAGUCUACUGAGAAAAUUGAUUUGGUUGAAACAGGUGUAACAGGCCAAAUUUUUCAUCAAAUUAUUUCAGACCCAACACUAAAUAAAAGUUCAGUUAUACUUGAAUAUUCUACAAAGGAUGUGCCAGAUACAGUUCAUGAUGAAUCCCAAAGUGAAUCAUGUUUCGGAAAUGAGAAUUUACUGAAGGGAAUACAUGAUGAGUCAAAUGAUGAAAAAGACCAUACUAUAAAUGAACUUUAUAAGUAUCAAAUUUUAUCAGAUGAUGAUCAUACAGAGCAUUCGGAGAUUAUAGAUGUAGAUUCAAAUGUAACUUCGAAAAAUGGUAGUAGUGUCAACUUUCGGCAAAAGGAGGACGGACUUGAAACCAUACAAGAUUGUUCCAAUACUGUAGCCAGCAGUCAUAAUAAUGUUGCAAAAUUAGGUGUAAAUAUAACAGAACUGGCACCAUCUGAUGCAGACAUGGACAUAACAGAUAUCAAUGAAGUUGAUGUAAUUGAUGGAACAUCAAAAGAGGAAAUUGUUGGUAAAGAACAUGAUCAGGUUAUAAAUGUUGAUGCUUCUUGUGAAGAAGUUGAAAGCACUUUGCAAUUAAUAGAACCGGCUGCUGCUACAAGAGAUAGCAAUAUUUUACCUCCAGAUCAUAUAGUUUCUCCAACAAUGGAGUUUGAUGAUGAUAUGUUUGGAGACACUGAACUUGAGUCAAGAAUAUCAAUAGCAUCUAAUGUAAUAAAGAAAACACCUUCUCUUCCAUCACAUCGAACUACUGUUUCGAAUACUUACGUUUCUGGACAAAGUUACUCAUCUGCUGUUCCAUCAUCAGUUUAUAUUGAUAACGAUUUGCUUUCUGAUGAUGAGGGUGAUGUUGCUUCAAUAGAAGCAAAUGCUACAAGUAGUGAUGAUGAACAUAAUGAUGAUUCGGAAACUGAUGAUGAUAUGUUUCACGGUCAAGAUGACUUUGACGAUCCUAUCAUAGCAUUGAGGCACCAAGUCAGUCAAAACAACUCUGUGCCCUUAUCUCCAUAUGUUCAGAGCGGGCCAGAAGAUUCUAAUUUUACCUACAGAGGCUUUGAUGCCGGCUGGGAAGAAAUAGCUGAAGAGGAACAUCCGAUAUAUUCUAAUUUACCCAUAAUUAUGGAAGAAACAGAACCGAGUGAUACUGAUGAACCCACAUCUUUGAAUCAUUCUGCUGAAGAAUCUGAGGAUAAAAAUGGACUUAGCAUUGCGCAAGAAUUCGAAAUUCUACAGGAAUGGGAAUCCAACACAACUGAACCUACAUCAAUAGUAAACAGUAAAACUGAACACACUGGUGUUUUUGAAACGUCUACAGAAGAGUUACAGAAGGGUGUACCAACAAUUACUAUAUCUCAACCAGCCUCGCUUGAUGAUAUGGACAUGAUUGAACAUUCUAAUAGUAUAUUAUCCACAAAUGCUAAUGCAGAAAAAUCAGGCAAACAAGCCAAUGAAGUAAUCAUUCCUUCUUCUGAUACAGAGAAAGAAGUUGCUACUGAAUUAGACACAGAAAGGGAGGUAUCAUUACAAUCAUCAGCUGAAAUUACUCAUGAGAAUGUAUUUAUUGUAGACUCAAUACCUACUGAUAAUGAGUUAUUAGAUGAACAAGCAAAAGGAGACAGCAAUCUUAAAAAUGAUGAAUUGAAUCAGCCAUUAGUUGCGGAUAUGGAUCUCAGCGAUGGAAUAGAAAUUGCCAAUACUGAAAAAUAUUCUGACACUGAAAUUCAUUCAACCUUGUUGGAACAUCAGAUCGCUGACAGUAACUUAAUCAGUGAACCUUCUGAUAAUCAGAAUGUGGAGAAAUCUAUCUCAAAUGAUUUUUCACCAACAAAUGCUGGAAUAUCUGAGCAUUCUGUAAUCCAUACCAACAGACAUGAAGACAACAUUCCUCCACCACCUCCCACAAGAAAGAAGAAAAAACUUUUAUUAAAUGAAGUGGAACACAACGUGGAUAUAAUAAGUGAGUCUGCACCUCAAAUUGAUGAUUCAAUAGUCACAGGAGGGACUCCACCAUUUUCUUCAAUAAUAUCACAGAGCAAUGUAGAGCAAGAUCAAGCUAUUCAUGCAGCUCCAAUCAGCAUACCUGAGCUACCCUUUCUUGAAGACCAGCCUAUAUCAGACACCGCAAAGUCAGAAAUACCUGACAAACUCACUGUCGAUUCAUUGUCCAAUGCUACUAUUGAGCUUGAUAAACCAGCCAUGGGUGGUGAACUGUCAGUUCCUACUUCAGUUAGAGAUGAAAUUUCAGAGAAUGUGAUUAUUAAAGACACUCUACAUGCAGAUGUUCAACUCUCUGGAGAGCAGGAAAAAUCAGCCAUGGAUUCAAGUUUUGAAAUAUAUGCACAAUCGCACAUUGAAUCCAAUGUUGUUGUAAAUACUGAAAUGAGUAUGGAAUCUUGUACUGGUAUUGGCACACUGCAAAUGGAAGGUAAAACAGAAUCUUUGUAUGAUUCAACUAAUCGUAAUCCAAUGGGAAAAGAUUCUGUGGUCGAGAUUCAAUCAAACUCGCUAAUCCCACAGGCUGCAGAAAACAUAUUUGCAAAAACUUUUCGUGAAACAGAUGAUUCAAAAGAAUCAUGUGCAAUAGCUCAUUCACCAGAUAUUGAUAAGUCGCCUCAAGAAUCCUUAAUUGAUAUAGAUGAACAUAAGCAAAACUAUCCUCCUCCACCUCCCUCAAGAAAAAAGAAAAGAACAUUAAAAUUGGAUAUUGAGCAGGCUGUGGAGGAAACUGUUAUAAGUCAACAUGAAUCUGAUUUGAAACCUAAAAAAAGAAUUGCUCCACUUCCACCAUCUAACCAGAGUAUUGAUAAUGACUUUGUGGAUAAUCAACCAUUCAAUGCCAAUGACACUGAGAAAGAUGUUUUGGACCGUCAAGUUAUUGAGAGUCAUUUGGUGGCCAAUGACCAAAUCACAUCUAGAGAUCGUAGUGAGGUACCUGCAGACUUGCAAGCAUCACAGGAUGAAAAUAUUCUCCAAAAUCACACACGCUCUCAGACAGGAGAAAUUAUUGAUGGUGUGAAGCCACGUAAAAGAAUUGCUCCAAUGCCACCAACUCAGCAUACAUAUUUGAAUACUGACAACACUAUGGAUGACAGAAUUCAUGCUAUUGGAAAUACCUCAGCAGUUUCCAAAUCUGACGAAAUUACACCAAUAGCCCAAAAUGUAGAAGCUUCCAGUAAUUCAAAUAUCAAUGUCGAAAAUGCAGGUGUGGAUCGCAUGGAAAUUCAAUCUGAAAUACCAGAAAAAACUGAUGAUGAUUCUGAGGUAGGAAAGGCAUUACUUCCUGGUGCCAAAGUCACAGUUAUUGAAGAUGGUGUGAAGCCACGUAAAAGAAUUGCUCCAAUGCCUCCAACUCAGCAUACAUAUUUGAAUACUGUCGACACCACAGAUAACAACACUCAUGCUAUUGAUAAUACCGCAGCAGUUUCUGAAUCUAACAAAAUUACAUCAAUAGCCCAAAAUGUAGAAGCCUCAAUUGAUUCUAUUAUGAAUGUCGAAAAUGCAGGUGUUGAUCACAUGAAAAUUCAAUCUGAUAUUACAGAAAAAAGUGAUGAUGAUUCUGAAGUAGGAGAGGCAGUACUUUUUGGUGCUACAGUCACAGAUAUAGAAGAUGGUGUAUUGCCACGUAAAAAAAUUGCUCCGAUGCCACCUACACAGGACACAUAUUCAAUCACUGAAAACACCGUGGAUAACAUGGCUGAUACUACUGAAGAUGUCUCCUCAGUUUCCAAAUCUGAAACGACAAUUACACCACUACAAUCAAAUGCAGAAACUAGUAAUUCAAUUGUCGAUGCUGAUGUAGACCAUGUGAAAAUGCAUUCUGAUAUUAUACAAAAUAGUGAUCAAGAUUCAGAUAUAGAGGAGGCAUUACUUUUUGGUGCUACCGUCACAGGAAUGACCAAAAUCAUGGAACCUGAAUCUGUAGACACAAAACCGGAAGAAAUGACUCAUGUUGAGGAGAUCACAGAACAAAUGGAGUCGGAAGAACCCAAAAAAUCAAUUUUGGAUAGUGACGUAAAAGAUAACAUGGCUUCUUCAAAUCAUGAUUUAGAUUCAACUGCAUCAAAAGAUACUAAUGAAAUCAUUGAAAAGAAUUUAUUGGAGACACAUGGUCUAUCUGAUAGUGAUAGCGAACAUACUCAAGAUUUAUUAAAAGAUAUGUCAAGUUCAGAUGAAAAUUUGCAUGCAAAUGAUGAUAGAAAGUUGCUCUCAUCAAAUGUCGAUAUUCAUGCAGAUGAAAAACCAGAGCAGCCCGUUCAGGAUUCUUUAAUGGAGUCUUACCACUCAAUGGCUCUCGCAAUUGUUGAUCAGUUGGUGGAAGAAAUCAUAACUAUGGGAAAAGAACAAACUGUCGCUGAGUCCACUUUGGAAUCUCUUAUAUCAGUUGAAAAUGUUUCCAACACAGAUCCUUUUAAUUUUGCUCAAGAAGACGAUCAAGAUUUAAAACCAGAAAUGGAACCCAGACAUGACAUUGAAACACCCAAUUUGAUUGAUGCAGAUAUUACAUUUGUCAACCUUGACGCUACACAUGAUAGUUUCGAGGUCAAAGCAAAUGAAUUUCUUGAGACUGAUGUGUUUGAAGAUAAUUCCAAAGAGGGUCAUUUGGUGCAAGUGGUUGCUCUUAAUGACGCAGAAUCCAAGCCUAAACAAUCAAACCAAUCACACAGAAUACGAUAUGAAACAACUGGAAGUGUUGGAAGUUUGACAUUUCUUACUGAUUCAGAAGAAGAUGAUGAUGCUAACAUUAAACAAAAGCAAGAACAGCUCAUAUCACUUGAUGAUGAUGCUGUUGUGGAUGAUGAUGACAUUAUUGAACCAAUGAUCAAUGACUUUAGUAAUGAGAUUCAUCCGCCAGGAAAAAAGAAAUCUCUGGUACCUCCAUCGUCUCUUAUACUAUCAGUUGCUCUGGAUGACACGUCUGACGCCGCACAAUUUGUCGACACCCCUGUCGAACAAAUAACCAUCGAUUUAGCGACACCAAUGUCAGAAAAUAUAAGUCAAAGGUCUUCUAGCUUCAUUGGGUCUGAAACUUCGGCAACCAGCAGUAUUGAUGAUGUUACAGGAAAGAGAAGCUCACUUCCAAGGUUGCCAUCACUGCGGAAGAAAAAGCCCAAAACACCUCCGGAACCGACAAUUGUAAAAACCAAUAUUCAGUUGGUGGCAAGAAAAGAUAUCAUACCAAUCUCACCGAAACCAGAUGUACUUAGAAUGAUUCGGUGGGAGACUGUAACAAUAAAAAAUAUUGAGUAUAAGAUUGAUGAAACUGCUAUACAGCCCUUUAAAAAGGUCAUCUCUCAUGGAGGAUUUUAUGAUGAAAAGAGUGCAAUUAUUGAAAUAUUCACUUCAUACCUACCAAGUUCCAACAUAGAUCAUUAUGCCUGGGUUAUGGACAAUCUAUUCCUAUAUGUAUUAGCCACUGUGGAACUUCUCGCUCGAGAUAAAUUUAGUGUGGUUAUGUUUGUUGGAUCAACUCCCAAACAUCAAAUUCCUUCAAAUUCACUUUUGAAAAAAUGGCAUGAGCAUGUUGACUAUAGUUUGAAGAAAAAUGUGGAAGCAUUCUACAUCAUGAAUCCAACUCUAUAUUUUAGAACAAUGGCAAGAUUGUUUGUCAGUCGGAAAGUAAUGAAGAAAAUGAAAUAUGUGAAAAACAUGUCAGAUCUGAAGACGUUCAUUCCAACAGACUUCUUGUUUGUUCCAAGUGAAAUUGCUAAAUGAAAGUUUUAGUUCCAUCAUAGUUAAUCAAAACACUUUUUAUGAUAAAUAUUUGUUUUAAUCCAUAUUUCACAUUAAGGCUUUGAGUAAUGGAAAGUGCUAUCACGUUUAUUAACAAUAUAGAUGAAUAUAUUGGUAUAUAUACAUAUAUGUCCUUCUUAGAGUGGUUUUAAACAGAUUCAAAGCAACUUUCGGCUUCCAACCUUACCUAAUCAAUAGGAUUGUAGCGAUUAUUUAAUUUAAUACAUAAUGUAAGAGAUUGUUUUAACCAUUAAUCAGCUGUUAGCCAGAAAAAUUCAACACGAAUGACUCUUUUCUUAUGUUUAGAAUCACUUUGUAUAUAUUAACUAUUCGAUAUGUGAUAUAACAUGUACAUUUCUCAUAUUCGUUUUGUUCCAAUUAUUUACAACCUGUGCCUUAAUGACUUCAUAAUUUUUUAUUAUUAAUUUUGAAAAAAAGAUGAAAAAAACAUUUGCCUGGGCUUUGUAUCUUGCUGUGAUAUUGAAAUCUAUCAAAAUUUUCACAUAUAUGUUGAUAUUUAAUUCUUUAUUUUGUUUAAAUCUUGCUUCUUGUGUAUUUUUCAAGUGCAAUAUUUCAAAUGUUUGGAACUGCUUGCGCUUAUGCAAAAUAUUUGUUCCUGUGAAAUAAAUUUUGAUUGGUAAAAUUCAAAUGCAGUGCUAAUUUAUGAGAUUCUAUUUUGGG